UCAAAAUUGCUUUGCUGAUUUUGCCGGGUUUUGUUUUGGGUUUAUACAUAUAAGUUUUGUAUAUUUAUUACCGGCUGCCAAGAUGAUGCAUCUGGAGCGGUACGUGACAAAAAUAAAGCCCGCCAUUGAGGGCUUUAUAAAGGAGCCCAGCAAGGACACGCUGUCCGUGGUGGAGCGCGAAAUCGAAGGAUUCAAUUUUGGGGAAAUGCGUAUUUAUCAGGUGCAAACAGUGGUGCCCUUGGUGGUUAAACUAGAUGAGCUAACCGGGGAAAACCAGGAACUACGCACCAGUCUGAUGAAUUGCCUGAGCAACAUUGUCUCCCAAACUUACCUGGCGGACGAAAAGGGUCUGCGCUCCAUCCUGGUGGUGGUGCUACAGCAGGUACGCGACUCAAAGGCAGCUGUCAUGCGACCAAACCUCUCCGAGGAGAUCAAAUUAGCGGCCAUUCAGUGCAUAUUUGAAGCACUGCGUCGCUCAACCACCGAUGUGCUUGAAUCCUUCUACACGAAGGAAACGGCGAUGGUGAUUGGCCAGAUACUGAUUAUGCUAUUGGAAAUAAUUGAACAAGAAAAGUAUCGCAAACUAGUUCAGUCAGCCAUCCAGUGCCUUAUGGUGGUUUUCUAUGUACACGACGAGUCUGAUCAUGUGGAUGUCGUGCUGCGUAGCCAGGUGGCAAAUACCAUAUUUAUUUUUCUGCCCAAAGUCCUUAUAGUGCUGUUUAAAACCUCAUUAAAAGAUGAUAAGGUCGGCGAGACCCUAAAAUCGAUGGCUAUUCAAGCCCUAGGGCGCAUAAUCUGCAUUAUGUUCGAGGAAACCACUGAUGAGUUUAUGAAAAUGCGCUACGAUGUAUCAGCAUUUAGAAAACUGUUCAAUAGCUCAAAGGACAAUAUAGCCGAGCAAACUGAUUUCAUCUUUUUUGGAAGCAAAAAAGCGACCACCGAACAAAAUGAGGAAAGGCUGCAUCAAAUGCAAACGGAGCCAAGAUCUGUCCAAUGGGUAGUGGCGACGUCACGACGCCUACGACCAAUCUUUGUGGAGAUGAGUAUACUGCGGGCGCAUACCGCCUUGAGGGUGAGGGAAAGCUUCUCUGAAGUGUGUUGCCUGCUGCUCAAGCAUUGUGCCCACAAUCUGAGAAGCAAUUUUAUCCAUGUACUAGAAAGCGUGCUGGCUUUGUCAGAGGACGAGAAUGAAAAGAUAUCUAGGCGGUGCAGAGAAACCCUGAAUUUUCUCCAGCAGCAGCCCAGCAUCCAGGGAAUAUUCGACGAGAAUGCUGAGAUGUUGCUAGAUGCUCACCUCAACAAGUGGCCUCGCAUUCUACACCGCUGCGAGGAUAAUGAGCAAUUCGCCGAGCUACUUUUCUUCAAGGGAUUUCUGCGCAACGUCAACACCGAAAAGUUGCAAUUACUGCUGCUAGUCCCUAAAAACCUAGAGAUGUUUGUCAACUGUCUGUUGGCAGCUCUUGACCAGCAGCCCACUAGAGACCUUCUAAACGAAGAGUAUAGCCUUCGUCGCAUCCAAAAGGGUGAAUCCAAAGGUCUGGCUGCCGAACUGGCCAAACUGCCAUGGCGCCAAUUUAAGCAUCUUGCCUCGAAGCGCACAGUGGGCAUUCUGUAUGAUAUUGGAGCCCUUUUGGGAGCUCAGCCUUCUAUUAGUCGUCUAAUCUUCGACUACUGUCAAGAGCUUAUUCAGCAAAGGUCCUCUUCCAUGAACGAGUGUGUGUUGCUCAUUACUCUGAUGGUUACUCCGCAGGAAAAGAAGGCUCGUGAAAGUCGUUUGGUGCUUGCUAAUCUUUUCCUGGACCAGAUUCUCCGGGACGAACACUGGAACCUGGCUCUCCAACCAGAUGCAGCUUGGCGUCUGAAAGUCCAUAAGCCCACCCACUGGUUUGAGGAACAUACUCCCGGUCUCUAUUCAUCGGCUGUGGAGGUGCGCACCCAGGACUGCGAUUCUGACGACGAGCAGACGGAGGUGGUCGGCAGUAGAGUGACUAUUGCAGACGCACAGUUCAAUGUGCUGCACACCUGCUUGAUUUUGGACGCCGUGGGGCACUGUGCCAGCUUUAUUGGCGACACCUUCGACAGGCAUAUAUUUUUGAGUCUGCACAAAGUCCUUCUCAAAGUGGCUAGCAGCAACACUAUUGUUCACCAAGCGGCUAGUUUCGCGUUUGUUUCUAUGCAGUACGCUCUUAGAUAUGCGGAACCUUCUCACUUCAUCGAGUGCUCUACUGACUACAUCACUUUCCACCUAAAUUCGCUGCUGAAACGGUCACCUGAUAGCACCGCCGCUGUGGACAUUCUCACCGUGGUACUGCAGUACAGCACUCGGGGCAACGUUCCGCAUCUAGAUAGCUUAUUUCAUACCAUACGCGAGGAAUGCUCGAAAUCGCAUCAGUCUGCAAAUGUGCACUCCUAUCUGCGCGUCUUCAAAGCAUUCCUUAAUCACGUUUCCGACUGGCAAGUUGAUGCAGCUGCUGAAAUUAACGCAGAGCUGCCAAUGCAAGUGGAUGAGGAAAAAAGUGUUCUGAGCACAUGGUUAAGUGUCCUUAAUAGGCCGCAGUUAAUGGAUGAUCUUAACGGCGACGCUGACAUGGCGGAAGAGCCGUCGAAGAAUGAGGAACAAGUUGAAGAUACAGAACCAGAACCCUCAAAGCCUGUUUUACCGCGCCAUGUAGAAAUGGUAAAGGAUAUGUUGGGCCAAGUUAUCAAAUUUAUUUCUACCGCUAAUCAGGCGCAGCAGAUUGCAGCUCUUGAAUGCUUCUCCAGUGGCGUGGCUCUGUUGGCGGACUAUGAAAACGAACUAUUGCCAUUGGUGCAUCUGGUAUGGCAGCCGCUCACCGAAAAAUUCCGUCAAAAAGACGCAUUGGUACUGAAUCGUUGCUUCACUUUGCUGCACUUGCUGGGCGUUCAUGCGAAGGACUUUAUAUUAAAACGAAGCCUUAGUGAUGUGAUACCACAACUGAAGCAGUUCCUCAGGACAGCUAGCAUGCACAGCAGCGUGGAAACCCAAAAAGCCCAGACUCAGGAAUACAAACUACAAUUAAAAUUACUCCAGAGUCUAGCAGACUUUAUACUUGGACUUCAGAUCGAGGGAAAACAUCUUCACGAACUGAUGUCCACGGUGGUGCUUUACCUGUCGCAAACUCAACCGCAAGAGCUGCAGACGCCUGCUAGGGAAUUUUUCAUCCAGCUUGUUUCCUACAACGGACCCUUUAUCUAUGUGACGCUGUUGCAGCGGGCGCAUCUCAAGGAUUACCAGGCAAAUGUUAGCCAGAUCUUUGGAGUCAUGGGUUUUAGCAUAGCUAGUGGAAUCGACCUCGAUUAAUAAAGACAGACCGUUUUUAUUAUUUCACAA